AUGAAGCAAGUUAAAGUAAGUGAGUUUUUUUUACCAAAAGACCAAGACCUAAUCCUAAUGAAAGUGGUAAAAGGAUGUUCCCAAACACUAAUCACCAAUCAAUCAAUCCCUUCCGUUUCUAAUUCUAAUGCAACCCCACAAACACCAAUCACCAAUCAGUCAACCCCUUCGGUUUAUAACGCAACUCCACAAACAUCAUGCUCUAAUGAACCUAAUGAUAAUGUUGAUUUGAAAGAUCUUCCAAAGGACCCGACGGAUAGGCCAAAGAUUACAAGUUACAAAUCAAAUGUAAGAGAUGAUGUAAGAAGAACAUAUUUGCUUCAAGGACCUUGUCAAAUAAGGUUACAUAAGUUUCCAAAAAAGAAAAUAGGUGAUAGAUUUAGAAGAUUCGUUCCUUCAUGGUUUGAUGAUUUUGAUUGGUUGGAAUAUAGUGUGAAAAAGAAUAAAACAUAUUGUUUAUGUUGUUAUGUGUGUGGAGGCCUCAUGAAUCAAAGAGGAGGGAGAGAUGUAUUUGUUUCCCAAGGUUCUGAUACUUGGAAUAAAAAAGAUGCAUUUCGGACUCAUGUGGGUAGUGUUGAUAGUUUGCACAAAAAAGCAAGAGAAAAAUGUAAAUUUUUAUUGAGAGAAAAACAAGCUAUUAAUGUAGUCUUGAGGAGGCAAACCGAAGCGAAAGACCAUAAAUAUAAAGAUCGAUUACGUGUUUCUAUUAUUGUUGUUAGACUUUUAUUGAAAACCGGUUUACCAUUUCGUUGUCAUUAUGAGUCGGUUAACUCGGAAAAUAGAGAGCUUUACAUUGAAGUGUUAAAAGCCAUUCGGGAGACUAGUGAAGAUAUUUUCAACAAUAUUUUAGAAAAGGCUCCUAAAAACAAUCAACUUAUUUCUCCUAAAAUUCAAAAAGAACUUGUACAAUGUUUUGCACAAGAAGUCCUUUCGAGUAUUCGCCAAGAGUACAUGGGUGCUUUGAGCCUUUGUGAUUCAUUUGCACAAUUUGACAAAUCAAAGUUGUUGAAGUUGGCUAAGUUGUACAAGUAUGACUUUGAUGAUUCGGAUUUGAUAAAGCUUGAAGGACAACUUGAGAUAUUUUAUCACUCUUGCAUCAAAGAUGAGCGUUUUAUCACUCUGAAAGGAAUUUCUGAGCUUUCUCGUUUGAUGCUCUUGAAGACCGACUUACGCAACAAAAUUGGCAAUGACUUUUUGAACGAUGCAUUACUCUGCAAUGUUGAGACCGAAGCACUUGUGAAAGCUGAGAAUGAGAAAACGUAA